AUAUACGUAAAAACACCAUGUUAUCAUCACCCGGUCUCCCCCUGGCAGAGCAAGUCUACUGUUUGCUUCUUGUCGAAGCCUCAAAUCCCAGGCGGCAUCCCGACCAUGGUCUGAGCCCGCCGCCGCAGUACUUAGUCUUCAUCCCACCAUGAGCUUGGAGCCCUUCGCCAGGUUGGUGCGGCUCGCGGGGAGGGCUUUCUACGACGACGUCUCUCUCAAGGGGGACAACCAGCCCAAGAACGGCAGGGGCGACAACAGGGGCAUGGCCGUCAUCGUCCUCGACGCCCUCACCAGGCGCCAAUGGGUGAGAGAAGAAGAUUUGGCUAAGACCUUAAAGCUGCAUGCAAAACAACUUCGUCGUAUUUUACGAUUUUUUGAAGAGGAGAAGCUAGUCAUGAGAGACCAUCGGAAAGAGUCAGCUAAAGGGGCAAAAAUAUUCAGUACAGCAGUAGCUGCCACUGGUGAUGGUCAACAAGUAGUAAAGGAUGGAGAAGAGAAGACGAAGAUGCAUACUCAUUCUUAUUGCUGCCUGGACUAUGCGCAGAUCUAUGACGUCAUAAGGUAUCGAAUGCAUCGAAUGAAGAAAAAAAUAAAGGAUGAAUUGGACAGCAGGAAUACCAUUCAAGAAUACAUAUGCCCAAAUUGUGGGAGAAGGUAUUCAGCUUUUGAUGCACUUCAGCUUGUGAGUUUCACCGAUGAGUAUUUUCACUGUGAAAACUGCAAUGGUGAACUUGUUGCCGAGAGUGAUAAACUUGCUGCUGAAGAAAUGGGAGACGGUGAUGACAAUGCUAGAAGGCGGAGACGUGAAAAGCUGAAAGACAUGCUUCAAAAGAUGGAGGAACAGCUGAAACCAUUGGCUUUGCAACUUGCGAGAGUAAAGGAUUUACCUGUUCCUGAAUUUGGAAGUCUGCAGGCAUGGGAAGCUAGGGCGAAUGCAGCUGCUCGUGCAAAUGGUGAUUUAAAUGCACUGGAUCCAGCCAAAUCUUCUCAAGGACAAGGAUACAGUGGAACACCUAUGCCAUUCCUUGGGGAAACAAGAGUUGAAGUUGCUUUAUCUGGUAUGGAAGUGAAGGGAGAAGACAAUGAGUCUGAUACAAAGACUUCAGCCUUGAAGGUUAUACCUCCUUGGAUGAUUAAAGAAGGAAUGAGUCUAACAAAAGAACAAAGGGGAGAUGCGGUAAAAGUAGAUGACGUUUCAACUUAUGGUGAUGACAAGAAAUCAAAAGAUGUAAAAGAAGACGAAAAGAGCAUACAGGAUGAGUAUCUCAAGGCCUAUUAUGCAGCUUUGUUGAAAAGGCAGAAAGAGCAGGAAGAAGCUUCAAGAAUGCAACGAGAGGCAGAAAGAAGUCAGUCUGACCUUGUGGAUGGUGUUCUUGAAGCAUAUUCUGAACGCCAAGUUGGCAAAAAGGCAAAACGUGAAGAUUAUGAAAAUGAUGAUGUUGAAUGGGAAGAGGUUCCAUCUGCAGGUUCAGGUGAAAAAUAUAGACUUGCUGAUCUAAACAUGGAGGCCACUGCAUCAGGCGAUGAUGAAGAUGAUGACAUUGACUGGGAGGAAGGAUAAACCUAGACAAAUUCAAGAAGUUUCUUGCUGAUUGGCCAAGGAGCAAGAGCCUUCCAGUUGCUUCGUCUUCUCACUGUAACUCAUAGCUAGGUGGUAGGAUGACUAAGGUGCUGCUGCAGUAUAAUAUCUGAUGCAUCGUAGCUGAAACUUUACAAGUUAGUUUAGUAAGGCUAAAGUUCUCAAGGGGAAAAGACAUAGGUUUCUUGGUUAAUCUUCUAAGCACAUUUAGUGUAGAUUAUUUCUGUAUAGUAACACCAUGGCUGCUGCAGUACUGGUAACCAAACAUUUAGCUUGCAUUUGUUGCAUAUUCUUCGAGCGUGUAGGGUUAUGUAUGUUUUCAUAUCUUUGUGUCCAAUUGCUAGUGACUGUGAUUGUGAUUCGCAACGUAUAUCGCUGUUAACUAUGUAAUUUGGUUUUUGCCCCAACUGGAGCAACAAAGUUGAUAACAAGGUUAGAUGGACAUUUUGCCUGCAGGUGCUGGAGAUGCAGCCUCCAAGGGAUCUCUGUUUGUCUUUGCGGCCAGUUCUUUUUUAUUGGUUUCAUUAAAUGGUUGCUAACACUAUUUACGGGUCUUCAUGCAACACCUUAUUGUUCUUCAUGCUUUUGCCCUUGUUAUGUUUUACAGUUGGUGUAUUGGAAAACUCCACCGGGAAUCCGCAUGAUGUCCAGCUGAGUCCAGGAGACUUGGCUACGUUACAAGUAUGCUUCUGGCUGUGUUUUCAUUUUCUUAUUAGUUAAUGUUGUUGGAAUCUGCGUCACAACUGCCUUGUAAUUCUUGUGAUUCUAAAAUUGGACAUCAUCAUCAUGCUUUAUGGCUGACAUCUUUUGCCCAUGGGAGUUUUUUUUUGGCAUCUUAGAAGGAACAGAAGUUACUGGCAAUCCUUGUUGCUUGGGGAUUAGAAGAAUCAGAUGUAUACACUACAUGGCUAAGUUUUCUUUAAAACUUUUAGAUUGUGGCAUUCCAGAUUCUGUUUGCAAAUGCAUCCCAACAGGGAGAGGACCCCAUGGAGGUGAGGUGACAUGCAACAUCUUAAAUUCUUUGGUGUGGGGAAUCCACCCACCAAGUAAACAUCAGCUUAUAGUGGGUGGUCUCAUAUGUCCCAAUUCAUUUAUUCUGCUACUGCUGAGUAUUAUUAUAGUGAUCAAAUGGUGCUGUUUAUGUGAAGUAAUCUUACCACUACUAUCUGUUAUCCAUGGUGGUGUUUAUGCGUUGUAGACAUGGAUCCACUUUAUCUAAUGCUUCCUUUUCAAUCCAGCAUUCUUCACCACCACCACCAUUGCCGUGUAAAGUGUAUCGGAAUUGCCCCGUGAAAUAUGCACCACUAGAUUUAAAGGUUUGCCACCGUGGGAACUCCACCCUCUCUCUCUCUUCACAGAUCUCCUACUGCUCUUUCAUCGCUUCAGUGUUCAACUACAUCAUACAUACAACUGCCUCAAGGUAUGUUUUUCUUUUUUUUUUUUUACAUUUAAAAGGUUAUUUCUUCUCCAAAACUAUACAAUCAUAUAUUGACAGUUACUAUAGAGCAUUGAGUUUCCAUUGGCAGACGACAAACCAUUUUUCUCUAUAUUCAUUUAUGAUUCUCGAUACAUUUUUGUCUAAGAAACAACGACAGCCAGCCAGGAAGUGUCUCUAUAAUGCACCUAAACACAACCCACAAUAGCUUUCCAAAGUGGGGGGGACAAAAACCCUCUUUUGUUGUAGUCCACAACUCAAUCCAAAUAUUUGUAACUUUUACACAAGCAAUUCUUCAUUUUUUACUUUCACCUAAACCUUAUCAUGAACAUGUCGUCAAAUGCUCAUCCACUUCCCUACCUUCUUAUAUAUACUCAUGCUGGUUUGCACAAGAUUGUUACGAGACCAAGCCAAAGGUGACACACAGCAUGAAGCUCCUCAGCCUACUUGUUAUGAUGGUUUCUGCCAUGCUUGCAGUAUCCAUCACGGGGUCAUCCUCCGCUGCAGACCUCCGCCAUCGCAAGACACCAAAGCUCGACACCAAAGAAGGUCUCCUGCAUCAUCAGCUCAAGGGUGUGACUUCUUCCACAGGCAGUAAUGGUGUAGGAGUCACCAGCCUUCACGAGUUCGCCGACGCUGUUGGCCAACAAGGAAACACCUUUGGAGCAAGCAAGAGUGCGUACCCUGGAAAUGACAUCGACGGCCAUCAUAGUAUUGAUCCCACGUCUUGGGUUCAGAGGAAUGCAUCUCCCCCGGAUCACGAGUGAUCUGCGACCCUUUAAAGGACUCUCCAUGAAGCGACAACAGCAGUGGUGUAAGCUCAACAUAAAUGAGGUAGAUCGGUCUCUCUUUUAAGUAUGCAGAAGAACCAUCUCUCAUGUUCAUGUACUAUGAAAUCUAUGCUUACUAAUCUCAUGAUAAGUAGUUGAAUCUCCCUCCUCCAA